CUCUCUCGCUCUCUCUCUCUCUCUUCCUCUCCCCCCUCUCUCUUCUUUUCUUCCCUGUGCGUAAAUUCCAAGGUCGACAAGGAACGCCCUCCAAGCACCAUGACAAAGAAGCGGAGCAAGCGGACAAAGAAGGACAUAUUCAAAUCGGCCAAGGACACCUCGACUAAGCGCCCGCAGCCGAUCGACAAGAACCUGGAUCCAUUUCAAAGUGACCAAUAUACUUGGAAGCCUGAGCCCCACAGCCUGGAUACUGCUGCAUUACAAAACUUGCCCACGUUUGUGCCAGGUGGCAGCCACAACUUGAAUAACCUCUCCAGAAUGGGUUCGCGGCAGAGCAAGCCCUCACGGCGCAAGGCCGCGCCCCCCGCUGCCCAGAGGUCAACCGUGACGUCCCGCUAUCCUCCCGUGCUCAUUGAGACACCUAAAGAGCCCCGCACUCGCCCUUCAUCACCCUCGACACCGACAACAGGCACACACCCGACAACGCGAUCAACGACGUCGUCGGCGCGUUCAGCACGCGUGAAGAACUUCUAUGCGCGUCAUUCCAGCAGCCAUGCACACCAACAACAGCCACGGCAGUCAUCGCCACCACCACCAUCAUCAUCAUCGUCGUCGCCGUCGUUACUGUCAAAAAUACGCAAGUGGGGCGGUCGCAUCGUGGGCGGUGUUGUUGAUGGCGGCGACAAAACCAGCAGCAGAAGCAGCAGAAGCAGAAGCAGAAGCAGAAGCAGUCGCGGUGGUGGUGCGGAGCGUGACGUUGAUGAGGUGGUUGUUCUUCUUGAUGAUGACGAUGAUGACAACAACAAGGAUGGCGAUCAUAAUCACAGUCGUGAUCAUGAUGAUGAUGGUGCUGGUGGUGGUCGCUUUUCGACGCUGAAUCAGGCGCCUGAGACCGUCCAUCCCGUCGAUGACGACGAUGGUGAUGACGAGAGUGACGAGGAUGGUGGCAAUGAUCACGACGAUGACGACCUCCCACCUGCAUUCGCCCUCUCACCAUCGCAGCCGCAACAACAGCCGCACCAGCAGCACCCGAUCCAUGUUGAUGACGAUGUCAGCGGUGAUGAUGGUGAUGGUGGUGGUGAUGGUGGGGGUGCGGCGACAAGUGGGGGCCAGCGGCGGCGGCGACGACCACCCAAGUUGAAACACGAGUCAUCCCUGCUGUCGUCCUCACAAUCACAAGGCACCAGUGGUGAUCAUGGUGGCGGCAAUGGAGCUGGAGCUGCUGAUGCUGCUGAUGCUUGGGAUUCUGACCAGUUGAUUGCGUUGCCCAACCCGCUGUCUGCGAUGGAACGCGGCAGCGAACACAAGCGCAAUCACCCGCGCAGUGGUGGCAACGUCUUCGCAACAAUGACCGGCAAACAUCGACCGGAGAGCAGCCGCGCUGAUGAUGGUGACAGUAACAGUAACAGUGAUAGUGCCGGUGACAGCGAUGGGGGAAGCGGCUCAAAGCACAAGAUAAAAGCAGGAAACGCAGCAGCAACAAUAACGACAACAACGACAGCCACAGAGGCACCGGCCACAGCUGCGAAAGCGCUGGUUGUGACGGCUGCGCGGCGGCCCGUGACUCGCAGCUCCACCCGCUCCCAGCGCCAACGCACUGACGACGACGACGACGACGAUGAUGGCAGUGGUGAUGGUAAUGGCAAUGGUGAUGGUGCUGGUGGCGGCAAGAAGAGUCGUGGAGGACGCGGCAGCGGACGUGCAAAUGGCGAUGAUGAUGGCAGCACCAACACCAAGGACGACACGCCAGCAGUGAGGAGGCAUAAGACACGCAGCAGCGGCAAUGAUGAUGACGAUGAUGACGAUGACGAUGACAACAACAAAACCGGUCGCAGGAGCAGCAGCAGGAGGGGGAGGAGGAGGUCGACACGUGGCAGUGGUGAUGGCGAUGGUGAUGGUGAUGGUGAUGGUGAUGGUGAUGGUGGUGCCAGCGCGAGCGAUGGGAAGAAGGCAAUCAAGCUACCGCGGCGAAAGCGGCGGCAGGAGCAGCGCCGGCUGGACGACGCGGAGGUGAUGGUCGCCGUGGACACCAGUGGAGCGCGCACGCUCAACCUCACGCGCGGCAGCUACAACAGGCUGCACGGCAGGGAGUUUCUUGAUGACGAGCUGGUUAACUUCUGGCUGGCGUAUCUCCACCGCCAAUACGAGAUGAACACCGCACGCUCAAACGUCCACGUCUUCAACACUUACUUCUUCUCCAAACUCUGCGACGGCGGGUACGACAGCGUGAAGCGCUGGACAAAGCACGUCAGCCUGUUUGAAAAGGACUUUCUGAUCAUCCCCAUCAACGAACACGCCCACUGGUACCUGGCGAUUGUGUGCUUUCCCUUUAUGAAACCGCCCGCUGUGGAGGGGACGAUUGGCGAUGCGUCUGCCCCAGUUAUCACGAGCGUGCGCACACGGCGCAGUGGCAACGGGACAGCACUGCAAUCCCUCCAAUCGACGGCACCGCCGUCGUCAUCGCUCAACAACCCCUGGACACUCUCGUCGCCACCCCCGCGUUACGGUACGCGCAGUAGCACCGGUGCCGGCAGCAUCCCGCACUAUGCGCGCGACGCCGUUUACCGCACGUCAUCAGCCACGGACACCCACUGCAACGUGCCUGCAGGCAAAACGAACACCGCCAGCACCACCACUGCUGGAGGUGCCAACAAAGCUGGUGGUAAGAGGAAGAACCAGGGGCGGAGAGGCAAGCAGUUGGCAGCGCCGCCAUUGGGACGCGUCCUCGGCUCUGGGACGGAAGUGCCACUGGACGCACACGUCUUGGGUCGCAGUCGUGGUGAUCGUGGUGGUGGUGGUGAUGACGUUGUGAAGCAGACUGCUUUUCGUCGAAAGAAACCCCAACUCGAGCACAUGAUUGUACGGAUUCUCGACGACAACGACGACUGCAGCGGUGAUCGCGACUGCGAUGGCGAUGGUGGUGGCGGUGGUGGUGGUGUUUGCGAGCCGAGAUCGCAGCCACCAGGGGACGGGCAGGAAGAUCAGGAGGAGGAGGAGGAGGAGGAGGACGCAGACACGCGUGAAGAGGUGACCAUUACCGACCACGACGCUGUCACAGACAAUGAGACCACGGCAAUACCGACGCCACAAACCACGAUUGUGAGGGCUGUGGCAACGCCUGCGUCGCCUCAACUUCGACGCGGAACCACCAGCGCCCCUGUAUCGCCAUUGACAAGAGCUGCAGGUGCAACGACGACCCCACCGCCACCAGGCAACGCAGUCUCGUUGUCUGUGCCACCAGUCAACACGACAACAACCGUCGUGACGCCGACGACGAUCAGUUCCCCAGCACAAACGACAACGAUCAUUUCCCCAACAAGUCCAUCACCACAACCACGGACAGCAACAACAUCAACACCAGCGGCAGCAACAACAUCAACACCAGCAACAACAUCAACAUCAACACCAGCAACAACAAUUAUCACACCGUUGGCAACACCAACAACAGCACACCGAGCACACGGCGGUGAUGUGAACAGUGCUGGUACCGCUACUGCCACGCCAGACGUGGUGAUGGCGACACCAACAGUAGCAGCAGCAACAACAGCAACAGCAGCAGCAGCGUCGUCAUCGGUGACGGCCACUGCUGCUGGCCAUGGCGUGAGAACGACGGUGGUAGCGGCACCGACGGAUGGUGGGAGUCGUGGACGAGCAAGCGCCAUGAUGGACUGCAGCCAAGACAUCCCCGGUGGUGAUGGUGAUGGUGAUGGCGGCGGUCAGGAUCUGGGCAUGGACAUGGACUGUCGUGAGGAUGAUGUUGUUCGUGCUGAUGAUGAUGCUGCUGAUGGUGACGGUGCUGAUGGUGAUGGUGAUGCUGGUGCUGGUCGUGUGGGUGACAGUACAGGUGGUGCUGAUGGUGCUGUGAAGGUUGUGCCCACCAACAACGGGCACACGACACCAUUCAACGAUAACGAUGGUGGUAAUAAGACUGCUGUCACUAAUGAUGAUGCAAGUGCUGGCGGUGAGGAUGACUCGCACUAUACCAACAUGAUGUCUGACGCUCUCGCCGCCAUCAAAGCGACAACGGCCAAAAACACCUGCGGGGUUGGUCACAACAACAACCCCAACGACGACGCUGGUGAUGGUAGUGAAGGUGACAACAACAACAACAACGACGAUGAUGGCGGUGAUGUCACUGUUGUGGUGCAGUGCCGCCGCCAACGACGGGCGUCAUCGUCUCCCUUGACUGACGUCGACGACAUCGACACUCCUGCUCACGACACUCGUGAUCGUAGUCAAGGACCAGGGCACGCUGUGGCUGAGGAUGACAGUGGUGAUGAUGAGGACGACAAGAUUACACUGCCUGUUCCAGCACCCGUCAACGUCAACAACAGCAGCGACAACAGCAACAACAACAGCCACGAUGACGAUGACGGUGACAGUGAUGAUGACCGUGCGACACCACCGCUUGGCAGCAAGGAUAAUGAAGACGGCGGGAGCGAUGCGAAGAAUGCUGGGGUCGUCGCCGUGUCACGUGACGGUGAUGGUGACCGUGCUGGCGCUGACCGUGUUGGUGGUGGCGAUAGCAGCAGUGGAACACGUCGGGAUGUUGACAUGGACGAAGAUGUUGACGAUGCUGAUGGCGAUGGAGCGCACGACCGCAACAGAUGCACUGGUGAGCUGCAGUCAACAGUGGCCACAGCAACACCGCCGCCAACCGCUGCAACAGCAGCUGAAACAGCAGCAGCUAAUACAGGCGAACGCGCACCAACAAAAACCAUUCACGACCAUGAUGAUGGUGAUGGUGAUGGCGAUGACAAUGACAAUGACAUUGAGAUGAACAUGGUUGAUGCCACAGACAGCGACGAUGAUGCGUUUGCUGAUGUCACCGGGCCUGCUUCGGAGCAAGAGCGCCGCGACCGCGAAAUUGCGCAGCGCACGCAACUGGCAGAGGAGUUGAAAGCAAGUCGACCAAUUACACGGCAGAACAAGAAGUGGUUGGAGCAACAGCAGCACAAGCUGAUGCUGCGUGCUGAUGACGGUGAUGGUGAUGACAAUGACGAUGGUGAUGGUGAUGGUGAUGGUGAUGGUGAUGGUGGUGCUGUUGCCCAAGACGGACAAAAGCAACGACAACGGCAGCAGCAGCGCGGAAGCAGAGGAAAGAGCAGCGGAAAGCGGGGAGGAGGAAGUGGUGGAGCGAAGGGAAAACAAGGACGCCACUCUGUCGAAGUUGUUGAUGAUGGUGACAAUAAUGAUGGCGACGGUGGUGAUGCUGAAGCAGACAGUGAUGGCGGUGAUGGCGGUGAUGGUGACAAACGCGAUGGUGGUCGCAGUGUCGUUGAGGACUGUGUUGGAAAAGUGAAGGACACAUCCGCCCGCAAACGAGCAAAGAUCACCGGAGCUGCACCUCCUCGUGUGGAGCGAUAUCCGUGCGUCAUCUUCUACGAUUCGCUCAACGACCCCUGCAUUUCACACGCAGAGACAAUCAAGAAGUAUCUGCAGAACUAUCUUAUCCACGAGUACAAGCACGAGCGGGCGGAGGGCGACGGCCUGCCGCAACUCGAGGACAUUGCCGCCAUGCCCGUCAAGGAGACAAAGGUGCCGUGA